AUGGCGACGAGUGCAGGAGAUUGGUGUUUGAUUGAAAGCGAUCCUGGUGUAUUCACGGAACUUAUCAAAGGAUUUGGGUGCACAGGUGUUCAGGUGGAAGAAAUAUGGAGUAUGGAUCCAGACAGUUUUGAAAAACUCAAACCCGUACAUGGUUUGAUAUUCUUGUUCAAAUGGCAGCCAGAAUCAGAACCACAGGAUUCUAUUGUUCAGGAUAGCCGACUGGAAAAAAUAUUCUUUGCUAAACAGGUUAUUAACAAUGCAUGUGCGACACAGGCUAUCCUUAGUAUACUCCUCAAUUGUGACCAUAAAGAUGUCAGUAUCGGAGACACACUUCAGUCAUUCAAGGAAUUUGUUCAAGGAUUUGAGCCAGCAUUACGAGGAUUAACACUGAGUAAUUCAGACAUCAUCAAACAGGUCCACAACAGUUUCUCUAGACAACAGAUGUUUGAGUUUGAUGAGAAGAUGGCAAAGAAGGAUGACGAUGUAUACCACUUUGUGGGUUACCUCCCCAUUGAUGGCCGUCUUUAUGAAUUGGAUGGCCUUAAGGAUGGCCCAGUAGAUUUAGGUGCAAUACCCGGAGAGACUGAUUGGCUCACACUGGUCAGACCGGUCCUAGAGAAAAGGAUGCAAAAGUACAGCACAGAUGAGAUUCACUUCAAUCUGAUGGCUAUAGUAUCAGACAGAAAAAAUGUGUAUGAAAGACGGGUUGCUGAACUGACAGCACGGUUACAGGAUGAUGCCAUGGAAACAGACAACAUUCCUACAGAGCUGACAAAUCUGCAGGAUCUGAUACAAGAGGAAGAGAGGAAGACACAGAGGUACAAGGUAGAGAACAUCAGAAGGAAGCACAAUUACCUCCCAUUCAUCAUGGAACUUUUAAAGAUAUUAGCAGAACAAAAACAGCUAGUGCCCCUAGUCGAGAAGGCAAAAGAAAAAGCAGCAAAGAAAAAAGAAGAAAAAGCAAAGUAGUGAGCUAAGUAAUGAGCAACACUUUUUAAAGGUGCUAGCCAAAUAGGAAAGAUUGAAGUGUCUCAGGAACAUUUUGAAGGGAAAAGGAUCUUGAAUUAGGAAGACAUGCACUCGGUUGUCACUGAAAAUGGAUGACAAAUUUUCUCACAGAAAUAGGAUAUGGAUGUCCCUCUUAUUUUCUGUAUUUUGGAGCAGGAAUAUCAGUUGCCAAGGGAAUUUCAUUCUCAAGUCGUCAGAGAACGGAUACAAUUUAACAUGGGGAUCUCAUCCUCUAGUCUUGGGAGUAGGAAUAUCACGGUUACCAGAGGGACCUUAUUUUGUUGCUGAAGUAGGAAUAUCCUUGUGAUCAAGGGGACCACAUCUUCUGCUCUCUGAUCUGGCCACAUUUUGCAAUUUCCUGUCUAAUUUGGUUGUAAAUUUUGUCUUAUUCUACAUAUGGACAUGAAUGUGGUAAAUUUUUAUCUCAGACUAUGGCAAUUUACUACAAGCUAUACUGUUAUUGUGACUCAAUGUAAAGUCAACUCAAAGAUAUUUAAUGUCUUAAAACUAGACUUAUAUCAACUUGUGUUCAAUCAAGCUAUCAUCUGUUACAGUGUUUCAUUAAUUUAUGUCUGUAGACUGUUUAUGUAGGAGUUAUAUGUUGUAAGUUUUGAAAUGUGAUACAACAUCUGUGUAUACUCGGAUCAGUCGCUGCCUAUUUUGUACAUCUGUUGUUGUUUGGAAGACAUUGUUAGUACAGAAGUUAUUGGAGAUUUACAAAUAAACACUCAACAUUGACUUUA